AUGAAAGAAAUGUCAAGCAACAUGCCUGGAGGGCAGCAGCCCCAGAAACAUUAUGGGAUUACAUCUGCCAUUAGCCUUGCACCUCCCAGAGACAUCGAUCAUGAGUAUACCAAGAAAUUAUGUGAUGCUAUGAAGCCUUUUGGGGUUUUUGAAGAUGAAGAGGAAUUAAAUCACAGACUUGCUGUUCUAGGAAAAUUGAAUAACUUUGUCAAAGAAUGGAUAGCCGAGAUCAGCGAAUUAAAGAACCUUCCACCUUCAGCUAUUAGCAGCGUGGGAGGCAAAAUCUUCACAUUCGGUUCAUAUCGCCUCGGAGUGCACACCAAAGGAGCUGAUAUUGACGCCCUUUGUGUGGCUCCUCGUCACGUAGAAAGAAGUGACUUUUUUCAGUCUUUCUUUGAGAAAUUCAAACAACACGAAGAGAUAAAAGAUCUGCGGGCUGUCGAGGAUGCAUUUGUUCCUGUAAUAAAAUUCAAAUUUGAUGGAAUAGAGAUUGACCUGCUUUUUGCCAGACUGGCAUUGCAAUCCAUUCCAGACAAUCUCGAUCUCCGGGGGGAUUCCAUCCUAAGAAAUUUAGACAUACGUUGCAUUCGAAGUCUUAAUGGUUGUCGAGUGACUGAUGAAAUACUGUAUUUGGUGCCAAACAAAGAAAACUUCAGGCUGACCUUGCGAGCCGUCAAACUUUGGGCAAAACGUCGCGGGAUCUACUCCAACAUGUUGGGUUUUCUGGGCGGAGUGUCAUGGGCCAUGCUUGUAGCAAGGACUUGCCAGCUCUAUCCUAAUGCUGUUGCUGCCACCCUCGUCCAUAAGUUCUUCUUAGUUUUCUCCAAAUGGGAGUGGCCAAACCCUGUGCUUUUGAAGCAACCUGAGGACAGUAAUCUGAAUCUACCUGUAUGGGAUCCUAGAGUCAACCCUUCAGACAGAUAUCACUUGAUGCCCAUCAUCACGCCAGCCUACCCACAGCAAAAUUCCACUUACAACGUCUCCACAUCAACCCGCACCAUUAUGAGCGAGGAGUUUAAAUAUGGUCUCAGUGUGACAGAUGAGAUUCUUCAGGGAAAAGCUGAAUGGCCAAAGCUCUUUGAGCCGCCCAAUUUCUUCCAGAAAUAUAAGCAUUACAUUGUCCUGACGGCAAGUGCAUCCACAGAAGAAAACCAUUUAGAAUGGAUUGGACUUGUCGAGUCAAAGAUUCGAGUCUUGGUGGGAAACCUUGAGAGGAAUGAGUAUAUUACCCUGGCACAUGUAAAUCCCCAGUCCUUCCCCGGGUCCAAAGAGAACCGCAAUGAGAAUUACUUUGUGUCCAUGUGGUUCAUUGGGAUCAUUUUCAAGAAAGUGGAGAACGCAGAGAGUGUGAACAUUGAUCUAACAUAUGAUAUCCAGUCAUUCACAGACACUGUGUACAGACAAGCCAACAACAUCAACAUGUUGAAAGACGGCAUGAAGAUUGAAGCGACUCAUGUCAAGAAAAAGCAGCUCCAUCAAUACCUACCUGCUGAAUUAGUGCAAAAGAAGAAAAGGAGCAUAGCAGAGUUAAAUCGCAGCUCCAAUGGAGGGAGCUCAAAGAGGCUCUCGCUAGACAGCAGUCACCUGGACAGCUCAAGAGACACCGACUCAGGGACUCCCUUUGGCUCCCCCACCAGCAAACUCUCCAAGCCAACUUCUGAAACAGAUGAUGGUGUCACCCCUCCCAAGCAGCUGUUAAUUGAGGUUUCCCCUGCACCCAGUUCAGCAUCAGUUGCUAAAGACCAGGCUGUGUCCAUACCUGUUGUUGGUUCAAGCAGUACUACUGCGUCCACUACCGCAAUUGGGAAUUUGGUGCCCAAUGCCGCAAGCAGCCCCAAAGAAGAGCCAGAGAACCAGGACGACUCGGUCAAUGGAGCAGCCAAGAGACCCAUCUCGCCUUUGCAGGAGGACGUGGCUAAGAGGCAUAAAGAUUCAGAGGUUGCCCCCAAUGAUGAUUCUACGUUUAAGGAACCAUUUCCACCAUUGUCUGACACUCCUCGAGACAAACCCACUAUGACUCCUCUCAUAGAAUCAAAAGCAAAGCCAGUUUCGACUAUUGAUACUCCAAGAGCACAGAGGCUUCCCAGCAUGGAGCUACCUGACGCCUCCUCGCCGCUGCCGGCCAGUAACAGCUGUCGUGUCGUGAAAAAUUCUAUUAAGCUUGCUCUCAAUCGCCACAACGUCACACCUCCUAAGCAGCCAGUGUUUGAGGCCACCGUAAACCCUGAGGUGCCUCCAGCCAGUCAAGAAAGGGGCAUGUUCAUUCCUGUUAUCGGUUCCAAACACGUUUCAUCCAAACACUCGAGCCACUCGGUUGGCAGCACCAUCCCCACGUUAGUGAGCCGAGGUGCUGACCCCUUAAACGGAGCCACUUCUAAGAGACCCCAUUCGCCUUCCUUGGAGGAGCAGGCAAAGAGGCUGAAAGAAACGGAGAAGGCCCGAAUCCACAUAGCGUGA